AUGAAAAAAUUCCGUCCGUUCGAUAAACUUUUGCUUGGUGGAGGGCGAGCGAGCACUAGAGAAUUUCGAACGGUGGAGCUGUCCGUGGUGUUCGAGGAGACGAGUGGGGGAGACGACGGCCAAGAAAAGGAUCUGCUUCCUUGUUGUGGGCAGAACAAGAAAGAGGAGGAGGACGACGACGGGCCACCCUGCUGGUGGCUACGACGAGAUCAGAGCUGGGCUUUUAAAGCAAUGGGUGGAUGUAGUUCGGCCCUAAUUAUUUCUAUGUGUGGACUUGUUCUUUUGGAUGUAUCAUUUGCUGCCCAUUAUACGGAUAAGUGGGCAGUUCGUAUUGAAGGAGGUAUACAAGCGGCAAAAGCUUUAGCCGAAAAACACGGAUUUACUUUCUUGGGAGAGAUUAUGCCUGACUUUUAUAAUCUACAACAUAGAAAAGUAGCCAAACGAUCUAUUUAUGCCAGUACAUCUCAUCAAGUGGCCUUAGCAGCAGAACCACAGGUAACAUGGAUUGAGCAGCAGGUAGCGAAACGGAGAGUAAAAAGAAGUAUUAAUUUCAAUGAUCCAAAGUGGGGUAUGAUGUGGUAUUUGAAUCGAGGACAUGGUCUUGAUAUGAAUGUAAGGCGAGCAUGGGAAAGAGGAUAUACGGGCAAAGGUGUUGUUGUUACCAUUUUAGAUGAUGGAAUUGAGAAAGAUCAUCCAGACCUUAGGAAAAACUAUGAUGAUCAAGCAAGUUAUGAUGUUAAUGACCACGAUCCUGACCCAACACCACGUUAUGAUUAUACAAAUGAAAACAGACAUGGCACCCGGUGUGCAGGAGAAGUGGCAGCUGAGAGAGACAAUAUGAUAUGCAAUGUGGGUGUAGCAUUUGAUGCCAGUAUUGGAGGUGUUCGAAUGCUUGAUGGUGAUGUAACAGAUUCUGUGGAAGCCCAAUCUUUAAGUCAUAAUCCUCAACACAUACAUGUAUACAGUGCAAGUUGGGGACCUGAUGAUGAUGGUCGCACUGUUGAUGGACCAGCCACCUUAGCCCGAAAAGCCUUCUUUGAUGGCAUUACAAAGGGUCGAGGAGGCUUGGGAUCAAUAUUUGUCUGGGCUUCAGGCAAUGGUGGCCGGGAUGGAGACAGCUGCAACUGUGAUGGAUAUACCAAUAGUAUUUAUACCUUAUCUAUCAGCAGUGCCACUGAAAAUGGAAAUAUUCCUUGGUACUCAGAAGCAUGUUCAUCCACACUUGCCACUACAUAUAGCAGUGGGUCCAGUGCAGAGAAGCAGAUUGUGACGACUGACUUGCGGAGAGGUUGUACAGAGACUCACACGGGGACAUCAGCCAGUGCGCCCUUGGCUGCUGGCCUCUGUGCACUGGCAUUACAAGCUAACUCCAUGUUAACUUGGCGUGAUAUGCAGCAUAUAGUUGUGUUGACAGCGAAACCUGGAAAUCUAGACGCUCAAGAUUGGCUUAUAAAUGGGGUUGGCCGUAAAGUCAGCCAUUCAUUUGGCUAUGGAUUAAUGGAUGCAUCUGAAAUGGUGUCUCUUGCAAGAAACUGGACUACAGUGCCAAAACAAAAAGUAUGUGAAAUCCGUUAUCCAGAAAGGAGCAGGGUUGUUCCAAUGAAUGGGAGAGCAACUGCUGCUCUUUACUCAACUGGCUGUGAAGGAAGAAAUAAUCAUGUAAAAUACCUUGAACAUGUGCAGGCACGUGUUACAUUGACGUCAGAUCGCCGAGGAGAAAUCCAAAUAUUCCUGACAUCACCUAUGGGCACAAAAUCAACAUUGCUUGCUCGAAGGACGAGAGACACAUCACAAGAUGGAUUCAGCAACUGGGCUUUCAUGACGACACAUAACUGGGGAGAGUUUGCUAAAGGAACCUGGAUGCUCGAGAUUGAAAAUGGUGCCAGUGCAUGUAAGUAA